AACUUGCAAUGUUUCAAAGAGGAAAUUUAUAGUAAACCUCCAUUAAAUUCCAUGGUUUUUGAAACCAUCGCAACUCGCAGCCUCCGAGAAGAAAACCAACAACCUCACAUUUCCUCGCCGAAUUGGGGUAAAAAGAGAAAAGAAAGCAGAAUCAUAUUCUAACUUGUUUUGCACUACAUUUUUAAGCAAGAAGAGCAAGAAAGAAUUCCAAUACAGUACUGAGUUGUCGCUGUUUCAAAGAUAAGGAUUUUUUUGAUGGCCCAUUUUAUAGGCGAUGGUACUGGUAAGUGGUAAUUUGUGAUCUUAUGAGAAGAACAAAAUUAUUGAUAGUAAUGACUAGAAUAGGCAGGGUAUGCCCCUCAGCUGCAUAGUUCAUUUCUAGUCUGUGUUUUUGCUUGUUUGUUGGUGGAUGUGAUUGUGAAGGUGCCUUGUUAGUUGUCACUUAAUUUUGGUCACCAACCACCACUACCCCUUCUCUUUUUUGUGUCUCCUUCCUUGUCUCUACUCCCUCCUUCCAAACGCAAAAUCUUUGCAAGGCAUCAGCUAUCAGGCAUGGACAAAUCGACUUCAUUGACUCACACUGGGAGAUCUCGUUCCUGCCCUGCUCUCAAGUCCAUCUGUUAUAAAGUUGGAAGCAUGCUUUGGGGAUGUAAUUGUGCUAGUAGUACUACUAACAAAUAUAGGAGGUUGGAUGCCAAAUUGGAACGGAAAAUGAUUGAGCUUAAAAGACAAGCUUCAACUUCAGGACAUACGAAUAAAAAAUUCCGGUCAAUUAACAGUGUCAUUAUGAAAUUUCCACAACUCAAAGAGCAGGUCAAGAAGCUCAGAGGUGUGUUUGAGCAUUAUGAUGAAGAUGGUGAUGGAAGUAUUGAUCGUGAGGAGCUUAAGCAAUGCUUCAAGGAAUUGCAAGUCAAUCUUACAGUAGAAGAAUUUGAUGAUCUUUUUGAAUCGUGUGAUGUAGAUAGGAAUGGACGCAUACAGUUUCUCGAGUUCAUUGUUCUCCUCUGUCUCAUAUACCUCAUAACUAAACCUUCCAGUCCCACUGAUGCUGUCUCAAGGACGGAAUCUCCCAACUGGGAAGCAACCUUUGACAUAAUUGUUCAAGUAUUCAUCUACAUGGACAAAAAUGGUGAUGGAAAACUUAGCAAGAAAGAUAUGGUCGCGGCAUUAACUGAGCCUCCUUGGGAGAGAUCACCUUCACAUGUCAUGAAAACCAGAUUUAUGGAGAUGGACAAGGACAAGGAUGGGAAUGUCACUUUCAGAGAGUACCUUUUCGGUUUGACCAGUUGGCUCGGGAUUGAUUCUGAUUCCGAUUCUGAUAAAGAAAUUCAUGUCACUGAUGAGUGACGACAAUAACCGUGUGUUACUUUGCAUUAUGUAGCAGCCAAUGUAAAUAUAAAUUGUUUCAUGAACAAAAAUAACUGACUUCAGGUCAGAAUUGUGUGCAUCCAGUAUGAUUUUCCCUAGAUGUGAAAAAUGUUGGAUUAUAACAAGCUAAAACAGUGCUGCACAGAACUUCUAAUUUUAUCUCGCUUGCUUGUACAUUGUAACAGCUGAAACAAUGCUGCAUCCUGUGUGUAUAUGAUGUCAUCUGGUUAUGAUU